GUUAGAUUUGCUUGAUAGUUUGUUGUUUUACAUUCAACUAGCUUCGUAAUUUUUAACAAAAAGAAAUGAGUGUCGCAACAUUUACGAUUAAUGACGAUCUCUGCGCAAAGACUGGUUUAACCGCCAAAUGGGUGAAUGGCUCAGUGUUGUCAGUGUACGCUUUCAGCAACAAAAAUGUUAAUUCGGUGGAUAAGCCCAGUGAAUAUGCAGAGAAGUAUCCAGUGAAUGUUCAUCACUUGAAAACAAAGUUCAUUUUCGAAGAGCCAAUUUUGCGUGCAUUUCUGACCGAAUCGAACAGUAUUUUCCAGGAGAUUCAGUCAAAAUCAAAUGCAUCGGAAAAAGACUAUUUGAAAGUAUCACAUGCAUACCGAAGCAUAUUACGCGGUUGCUUGGAAAAAUUACAACGCGAAAUUGAUACGGAUGCAAUUUACCAAGAUUAUAUGACGAUUUUUUAUUCAAUCGAAUGCAUUUGGCACUUGUGUGAAAUAUUUUUGAUUGAUCCAUCACCAUCGAAUCAUCCGUUACCACAUUUGAUUGAAUGGAUUCGAUUCCAUUUUCCGGAGGCCGAACAACGUGCCACUGCAUUGUUGUUCACAAAUCGUGGCGAUGAACCAAAUGCCGAAUAUUUGCAAGUGGUGAAAUCAUUAAUCACCCAAGGUCAUUUGGAAAUAGCUAGAGCAAUUCUGCAAAUCUAUCGACGAGACAAUUACAAUGCGUGCUUACAAAUGACUGAAGAAAUUUUACGACAAAUUCCAAUAUUCAACGUUAGCGGUGGAUUGUCCGUUCAAAAUUGGCGAUCACAAUGGCAAUACUGGUUGGCCGAUACAGAAGCCAAAAUACAAAUGGGAUGCUUCGAAGCGGAACCAGAACUAAAGGAAAUUGUCGAGCUGGUAACGGGAAAUGAGGCAGCUUGGAAUCGUGUUGCUUGUCAAUCAUCAUGUUGGUAUGAACAUUUUCCCGGCUAUUUGUUUUACACACAUCCACAUUGUACAUACUAUGAAUUGAAUACAUUGGCCGAAAAAUGGCUAAAUCAAUGGUCAUUCGAAAGAAAUUGUUCGGUCAAAGAUGAAGACAAUAGUCUUAAGCAUUUGGAUCGGAUCAUUCUAAAAAUUAUGCAAAAUGAUUUUCAUCAAGUAUUACGUGACAUUCAAAAUGUUUAUGAUCAACAAUGGUUUGCAACUCAUUUAACUGAUUUAUUGUGGCAUAGCGGAAAAUUGACCAUUUUCAACGAUGAAAACAAUGAAUUUGGUUUGAAACUCCGCGAAUCACUUCUGUUUGAUUUUGGCGCCAUGCUAAUGUCCAAAGAAUCAUUUUGGGUAUUUGGCAUUGAUUAUUUGGAACAGUGCUCUACAGAAGGAAAUGGCGCGAUUGAAUUGUUCAUCUCAAAAAUGAAUAUUAAAAACGAAAAGAUGGCACUCAAGAUAUUGAACAUUAUUAGAGGCAAAGGUCUUAUCGAGGCUGAGAAAGAGCUGUGUCGCGUUCAAGCAAGAAAGAGUUUCAACAACGGGCGUUAUGGUAAUGCACUUGAUUGGGCAUUGCGAUCACAAGACAAUCUUUACGUCACUGCGAUUGCCGAUCUUUUCUUGCGGAAUUACACAAAAACUGGCGAAAUAUUUUGUGAAGAUGUGGUUAAAAAUGUCGGCGCUAAAAUGUUCAUAUCGCCACGUUUGGUUUUCUUGGUAAAAUAUUGUGAUUUUCACAUCUAUCAUCGCACCAAACAGUAUGCAGCUGCCGCUGAAUUGCUGAUCAAUUUACUCGAUUCCAAAAUUGCGCCUGCAUACUUUUGGCCAUCAAUGUUUGCUGACGCAUUUUCACUGCUCGAAGCAGCCGAUCCAAUUUUUUCAUUCAAAGAAACACACAAAAUAAUGCACUAUUUGGAAAACAGUUUGAUGCCACUAUUAGAAAAUCUUAAGAAGUCGUUGGCCAAUAGCACAAAAACAGAAAAUAAUGCCAUUGCUGAAUGGGAGCCAUUGCUAUCAAAAGCAUCGGCUCUUCAAAGAUCCAACGAAAGCACCAACUCGCACAUAUCAUUCAUUGCCAACAUCGAAUUUAUGGUCAAAAUCAUUCGUUUGGCCUGCAUUCGGAAUUUAUCUCGAUCCAUAAUUCUGGAAAAUUCAGCGGUGUAAUUGAGAUACAGUUCUCCUUAAACUACCUUUUAUAUUGUAUUCAUAGUUAAUAAA